AUGGAUCACCGAGGCCCGAAUUCGCAACAAAACUCAGGACAAAACCACCAAACCAACGGAACUGGGAGCCAGGCUCAGAAUGGGGAUACAACUCCCAACCAGCACGCCUCUGAAAUAACUGCCGAAUCUCCGGAAUAUUGUCAGAUCUUUCUCGAACGACUUCUUUCCGUGGUCUCGAAUGGACAACCGGAGAUUGUUGACCAGUUGAUCACGACCAUUCGCUCUGGAGCUUCACAGCAGGAGAUUUUCGCGGCGUUGUCUGCGUCUAUGACUGAUGACAACCCCUCCGAUCCAGGAAAUAAGACGCAAGCAUCAUGA